CUGCUGAAGCAAGAUGUCGCAUGUAUAGUCCGAUGUAAUUCAUGUAAUUUACCCUCAUUUUUCCUCCUGUAUUGGGGGCUCUCUCUUGUAAAUACUAGUUUUAACUUACUGUGUACUAUAUUUUGAGCGUGUAAAUUUCUUUAAAGGCAUUUCGAAGGUUCGUAUCAGAUUGUUAUCGCUAAUAUUCGCUCGUGAAGUUCGACGUUUUCAUCGUGAAAUUUUGUCUGCUGAAUUCGGCUGCUGUAAUUAGGGAAGUCACCCCUCUUUUGGCGCUCAACAAGAUAAGAGGUGCGAUAAAUGAAGUGGCUUGGUGAAGGAGAUUCGGAAAUGUUAAGUCAGAGUAACGGGCCACAACAAGUCCAGCAACAAGCAUCUUCUCAACAAGUAAACGCUGAAUCUUCCCGCCCGCAAGUUCUGUCUCGCUCGCAGGAUGAUGCUAUGGUAGGAUACGUGUUCCAGCGUCCCCAAGCAGACCCAGACUUCCCUGUACCUCCUACAUUCAAGCAACAGUCCCGCUGGCCUGUAACUGACGACACAGUAAUUGACCAUAAUCAGGAGAAGUGGAAAUAUCCAGUGGCAAAGAUGCCCAUGCCUGUCAACAAUGUACCAUUUGAAGUUCAUCCUCUAGUGAUGAAACCCGGCUCAGAGCAUUUCCUCUACCACCACAUGACACAGCCUCCACCGCCAAUGACUGGAGUGUUGCCUCCAGACAUGCACUCUCGGAAUGGACAGAUCGCGCCCUCGGCCAAAAAAUUGUGGGGUGUCGACGAACCUAAGGACGAACCGAAGGGGAUUCUCAGUCUCAACGACCACCAGAAUAUGUGGCGGGACUCGACAUGGAGCACUUCGGAUCACGCGGUAUCACAGCCCAUCACGAUGGUGGCGCGACGCUCGGGCAGUUUCCCUGGAAGUGAGGCAGGUAACAUCCUCAGUCCACGGUCCUCGGAGACGAGUGGCCUCGGUGUCAAGAUGGUGGAGUAUGUCCUCGGCACCUCCCCCACCAACAAGGACCUGGAGCCUCAAAUGCGACGACUUGUGCUGACUUCAAAUGAUCCAAAUGACAAGAAAGAGAAGGAGAAGGCACCUUCUUCUCCUUACGACACAGCCCAAAAGAAGGAACACGAAAACGGGGUGGUUCCACAAAACGGGGUGCAGAACGGAUUGGAUGAUGACAAAGGUUUUAACCGCACGCCUGGUAGCCGACAGCCGUCACCAUCAGACGAAGAGCUGAACAAGAACAACGGCGUAGUGGUGCUAGAGAACCCCCACUCUCACGUGGGACACCACUACCCGCACCCCUUCCCCCCACCACCACACCCUCACACUCUCGCUCACCUUGACUCGCACUUUGAGCACGUGAUGGCGUUGGACCCCAACUCGUUCACAGCAGACGGCAGCCAACAGCAGGGCUACAGCACGCAGACGCCUCAACAACCUCAGCAGCACACACAGACACAGGCAAUGGACUCUCCGACCGUGCUGAGCACUUCGUUUGAUGUUCAGCAAUUGUUCCGCAACCAGAACACCGCAGUCAACCCGGCGCAGCAGAUCCAAUUGUUGCAGCAGCAGCAGUACCAACACUUGGCCACUCAGCAGCAACAGCAGCUAGCAGGCCUGGCGCCGGCGCCUGGCGCUACCUUCGCCCCCGCGGCGCCUUACAUCAUCAACCCCCAGGAACCUCCUUAUGUAAUUGCUACAGGUCCCACAGUGAUGCCCCAGUACUACAGUGUGCCGUGGGGUGUGUACCCAGCCAACAUCAUACAGCAGGGGACGACGACGCAGCAGAGACGUCCACUGACUCCGUCGUCUGCAUCAGAAAACCCCUCCAACCUGCCGCAGGUGCAGCCUGGCCAGUACCAGGUGAUACCCACCGCCUACUACGACCAGAACGGCAGCAUGGUGAUCCGCGGCAUCAACACGGCGCCGCAGACGAUGCGACUGGUGUCCCCAGCACCGGUGCUGGUCAACGCAGGUACGCCAGGCAGUUCCAUGCGCCUGCUGGGCUCACAGACGCAGCAGAUCACGACGCCUCCGUCUAGCAUAUACAGUGGAACCCAGCCCGCCUCCCUGUACAGCACACCUACUGCCAACGGCACCACCAUCUCCGGACUGCCCCCACAGUCCGGGUCCGCAGCGCCCGGGUACUCGACUAACCUCGCUUCUCUCACUUCUAGCCUCUCGUCUCUGGGCGCAGGUCUAGGUCUAAGUACAGGCAGUACGGGACGAAGAGAUUCUUUUGAUCGCAAUACCUCUGCCUUUUCUCCCUCACUUGAGUACGGUCGUCAGAAAUGGCCUCAGAACUAUGGCGCUCUGGGUACAGUGACGGCAUCACCGAGCCCGCUAGGUCUGGCGUCGGGCUCCGUCUCUCCUCCGCCAGCACUCGGUUCCUCAGCAGGGCUGCAGCUCGGUGCUCUCACCACAUCGGCCAACCGCUCCCUACUGAGCGCCGCACCGGGCGCCGAGGCUAUGACUAAGUUCCGCGCCUCCACCACCAUGCUGGGCACCAACUCUCUGUUUGCCAAGCUGGGCACGGUGCCCCGUUCACUGGGACAGACAUCAACUUCGCCGCUGGAGGCCAAGCCUACGGGCCGUAGCAGACUGCUAGAGGACUUCCGUAACAACCGCUACCCCUCGCUGCAGCUGCGCGACCUCACAAACCACAUCGUAGAGUUCUCUCAGGACCAGCAUGGAUCGCGGUUCAUCCAACAGAAGCUUGAGCGCGCCACUGUGCCGGAGAAGCAGCUUGUGUUUUCCGAGAUCAUCGCAGCUGCUUACAACUUGAUGACUGAUGUGUUUGGUAACUACGUCAUCCAGAAAUUUUUCGAGUUUGGUACUGCUGACCAGAAGACUACACUGGCACAGAAGGUGAGAGGGCAUGUGCUACCACUGGCACUGCAGAUGUACGGCUGCCGAGUCAUACAGAAGGCGCUGGAGUCCAUCUCCGGCGAGCAGCAGGUGGAGAUUGUACGAGAACUCGACGGACAUGUGCUCAAAUGUGUCAAGGACCAGAACGGAAACCAUGUUGUGCAGAAGUGCAUCGAGUGUGUAGACCCCCAUGCACUCCAGUUCAUCAUCAAUGCUUUCCAGGGACAGGUGUUUGCUCUGUCCACUCACCCGUACGGCUGCCGUGUGAUCCAACGUAUCUUGGAGCAUUGCACUCCGGAGCAAACUGCUCCAAUCCUGGAGGAGCUACACCAGCACACUGAUCAACUGAUCCAGGACCAAUAUGGCAACUAUGUCAUCCAACAUGUGCUAGAACACGGAAAGCCAGAAGACAAAUCUCUGCUGAUCGGUGCUGUGAGAGGCAAGGUUCUUGCUCUCUCUCAACACAAGUUCGCUUCUAACGUCGUGGAGAAGUGUGUGACCCACGCCACUCGUGCCGAACGGGCCUUCCUCAUAGAAGAAGUCUGCGGUUUUAAUGACAAUGCUCUUCACGUAAUGAUGAAAGACCAGUACGCCAACUACGUCGUACAGAAGAUGUUGGACGUGUGUGAGGCCUCUCAGCGUAAGGUGUUGAUGCACAAGAUCCGGCCUCACUUUGCGUCUCUUCGCAAGUACACCUACGGCAAACACAUCAUUGCUAAGCUGGAGAAGUUCUUCAUGAAGUCUAAUAACGUGGUACCUGACCUCGGACCCAUCGGGCCGCCCACCAACGGCGUCCUCUAGAAUGCUGCCACUUUCUUUCUCUUUUAAAUUGGGGGUGUCAUCAUUGGUUGGCAGUUUGUGGCUAAAAGUUAGUUAGGUCUGUACAUACUAGGUAUAUAGUUGUACAGCUGUCGAAUCCGGGUGAUUAUUAUUAUUUCUUUUUUUUAGUUUGUAAAAUAUCCUUCAUUAUUUUAUAAAUAAUUGGACCAAUUGUUUUAACUGUAAAAACCGUUUGUAAAAAUGUUGAACGUACAAAUUGUAAACAAAUCAGAUUGUAUAUAAUAUUAAUUAAACGAAUUUUAAUUGUUUUUACAGUGAUUCCAACCUUUUAUUGAUGGGUAGGGUCGAUAUAUAGAAUCAUAGGGCUUUAAAAUAAUCACUAUAAUCAUUUGAAGUUAUCAUCAGUUUGAAUGAUCACAAUAAUUAUAUAAUGUCAUUGCGUCGGCGAUACUAGCUCAACUUUUAGCAACAAAUUUGCUAAAUUCUGUUUUUAACUUUGCAUGUAUAUUGUGGAAGAUUUAGAAAAUUUACUUUACAAUUUUCACCGUCUUGAGCUUAUUGUUGUAUUCACUAGUUAACUUGGUUUUUAUUCCGUCAAAAGCAAAUUCUUUUCCAAAUUUACUAAAUUUGAUAUUUCAGGAUCUAAAAUCCGGACCAAAGAUUCGGUUUUGGCACUGCAGCCCUUGCACUUUGCUCAAGUUGUAUAGUUAUAAAUAGUCUGGCCCCUUUUAUACUAGGCUAAGAUAGUCUCAUCAUUCCGACUUCUGUAUAAAGCUCCGGCUCUGUAAAUAAAGGAACGCACGGAUCUCUUCUCCUCUCUUGGCCCACCUCUCCCAAAUAUGUAAACUUGAACAAAUUGUAUUUUUUUGUAAUUUACCAUAUAAUUAAAACACCCCGUUCCUAUAAAAAUUUGUAAAUAUAUAUAUUGUAAAUUGGAAAUAAAGACCGUUUUCGAUCUAAGUUGUAGAAUGUAAAUCUGAUGGGUUUUGUACAAUGUAAUAUAUAUAGAUUGUGUUAACUUAUAAAUAUGUUGCGUUUAAGGAGAUGGGUCGAGUUAGGAUUUGUGCGUUCUGAGGUUUUAACAAUUUGGAAUUUAAUUUUUCAAACCGUUGUGCGUCUAAAUCGAGUUUUGAGUUACUUUCCUUAGCACAUGGGUUUGAAAGUUUGGGUUCGGCUCGCAAGGUUCAGUCUUGUGUUCGGUUCGGUUCACAACGACAGCUGCUUCACCGAACCGGUCGGAAACCUAACGUUACUAAGACUGAUGUAAAGGUUUUCUGCACUUCGUGUUGAAUUGUCUAUAAUUUGCUUUUAUCAUUGAAUGUUUGAUUCGUGUUUAGGCUAUCCGAGGUUAAGUGGUAUAUACAUAUAUAUAUAAUUAUCGAUAUUAUCUAAGAUACUGUGUGUAAAAAUAGUGUUAUGAAAUUUGCACAUUUUUGUCUUAUAAUAUGUAAAGUGUUGUGCACCUUAUGUCUACUGGUUGUACAUUUCAACAUUUCUACGUUUUCAUAGUCGGUAGUUCUGUUUCUACAUAAUGUAAAGCUUGAUGUUUAUUUUAUUAUAGUUAUUAAAAUAAUCAAUGGAUUUGUUUAUAUUAGGGGAAUUACUUAUUCCGUGCAUAAGUAUAAUUUGAGAACUAAGGUAAGGUUUUAUUUCUUUGCUGUAGGCUUUUAGACAGAUUAUUUUAAUUUCAUCUGAACCGUGUGGUCGGUGCCUCUUAUCCUGUUUAUGGCACUUUUAAAUUCUUGAAAAAUCUUUAUGAUCUUAACUUUGGAAGACAAAUUAUCUUAGAUCAAUUGUUAUAUGUUAGGACUUAUUCUAUUAUAAUCGAGCAUGGAAGUAUUUUUAUCGUCUUGUGUUUCAUGUAGAGAAUAGUUUCUCAUAUUAAAGCCCUAAAAACUGUGUGUGUAUUUUCCAUUUGAAAUUUUAGUACAUUGUGCACCCAUUAACAGUGCAGUUUUAUGAUAAUGGACUUGAUUUUAUCGAUCAUUGAUAACUGAUCUUUUUAUAGCAAGUUGAUACUUUUUACUAUUGCAUCGAGCUGCAUCAAGGCCUGGUUUGCCAUUAUUGUUACACAUUUUAAUCAUUUUAUUCUGAUCAAUCGUUAUUUGUUUCUAAGAGUCAAAUUAUUUGAAAGAAAAUCGGUCUAUGAACUGUAUUAUCAGAAUCAUUGAAGCACAACGAUCACUUGAGCUGUUGGAUCAGCCACAGAAUGAAGCCUGAGAGAGAAGAGAAAGGUCUCCAGUCAGAGAUGGCCCCCACUACUUAUAAUUAUUGUACAUAUUGUAUCAUACUAGUGAUAAAUAAAUAACAGAAUUUAGCAAAUCCGGUUGGCUGGAAAGAUAGAGGAAACAUCAAUUUGAUGGAAUUGUUUGUUAAUUUAAAACAUUAUUAUCUAAAUACUAUGGAAGAAUUACAAAUUAUAUUUUCGCUGAGUAAUAUUAACUUUAGUUUAUGGGAACUAUAAAAAUUUGUGUGGAUAGAACACACUUUUAAACUGUUACAAGCUAUAUAGUUUUUGUGUUUCUAUGUCAUUGGUGGUUUUUAAAUAUUUUUGUAAGGAACUGGGUAGAUCCUUAUAUAUAGCUAACAUCAACCUUUUUUUACAUCAUUAAUUGAUAGCCAAAAUGUAAUUCGGGUCAUAAAAAAUAUUGUUUGGAAUCGAACCAGUAAACCUCAAAUUUGAAGGAGAAAAUAAUUACCAAUUGACUACCCAGUUGAUUAAUUACGCUUAUCCAAACAUUAUCAUUUUUGUAGUUAAAAACAAUAAUAAUUAUGAUUUGGAGUGAUACGAUUAUCUUGAAGGGAAGCUGAGGUAAAUCAUAAUUCCAAUAAUCAUAUGUUGCAAUCAUACAUUUUCGUACUGUUUAAAUUUGAAUUACUCACAUCAAUCAAAUUUUAAUUGAUUCCUUGCAAAACUUCAGGCAAUUAUUGAUUUUAUACUUUGUAACAAUCCGUAAAACUGAAUAUUGCAUUCAAUUUGGUUUACGCAAAUUUAUUUACUGUCAAAAUAAAAAAGUGUCUUAGGUUCAUAAUUUCCAUGUUGUGGCCAGAGACCUAAAAUCUUGUGCUUGUUUCCCUGAUAACAAUGUUUCCGAUAGUUUGUCUGCAACUGGAGGCCUUUCCCAAGUAUUAAUUUUUUUUGCUCUCUAUCGCUUCCUUAGAUUAGUUUAAUCAUUAUUAAUGUUAAUCCAGUUAAUAGAAUGUGUAAUUAUUGUAUUCAUCCACUGUAUGUAGGAAUAUACUUUUAAUGUUAUGUACCAUAUUGUAAGUAGUUUGUUAUAUGUGCCUUGUUUUAAACAAAAAAAUUCCCACAUUUCUGUCAAUUUGCAAACAUUUAUUUCCUUUCCGAAGUAAUUUUAAGCCAUUCUCUAUUCCCCUACAGUUGAAGUAUUUUUAUUUUAAACAUUGUACAGAAACUCUAGCACACUGCCAACAGGUUAAAACAAAAUUCUUUCAUUUCCUCGGUGCUGUGGGAUUCCUCCAAGUUUCAGUUUACUCUUGUUGCAAAUAAAGAAACUUGUGUAAUACAUAAUUUUAGUUUUAUUCAUGAGUUUUCUUGAUUUUUAUCAUAUUUAUAUAAUUCUUUUGUAGUUUGUAGUUGUUUUAUACCAGAAAUGGAUCAGUUAGCAGCGUGGUUUAGAACAAAAUCUACAAGUUAAUUUCAGUUAGAAGUGUAGCUAUUUUGUUUGCUUGGCCGAAAUUCCUCACUUUAACCUAUUCUAAUGUUAGGUUAUUUCAGUUGUUUAAUUUUUUUACUAUAAAUCAAAUUCGUGGACCUAUAAUCUCAUCUUACUGUAAGUGUAUUAUCAUAAUAUUAAUUCAUAUUGUAUGCCUAGAUUUAUUGUAGAAAGAUAAAACACUAAUUAACAUAGAUUUAACAGAAAAUUGUAAAAUUCGGUGCAAGAGUAGUCUUUUGCCACACAAAAACAUAUUACAAAAUUGUAUAUGGUUGUACAAAUGUAACAAUUUUCAUUGUGAGAAAUAUUUUGAAGUAUUUCAAAUAAAAUGGAAAAUACUUCCUUGUAAUGAAUUUAAAA